GAUUCUGAAAUCAUAUAACUUACUAUGCAGAGCACUUCAUUUCUCCUUCCUACCUCUGCUUGAAUUAAUAACUAUAGUUUAUAAUCCAGGCUCCUCCUUAAGGUGGAGCUGACAUGCCUGAAACGUCUGUGUUAACCGAAACAAGCAGAAGCUUGUAAAUCCAUGCUAAAGGUCAACAGGCUUCAACUUAUAUCUGCAAUUUAUGUUGGUACAGAGGAGAGGUAUACCAGUAUCACACCAGUGGCUUCAGAAGAAAUCCUUAACACCUAACUUACCAGAGAUUUUAUGUGUGGGAUUGAACAAUCUGUAAACUAAAGGAUCCUAAUCAUGAAAAUAAGUAUAAUAAAUUAUAAGCUGCUAUUGGCACUGUUGUUUAUAUUAGCCUCCUGGAUCACUUUUACAGUUUUCUGGAACUCCUCAAAGCUUUGGUCUGCUCUAAACUUAUCUAUCUCCUUCCAUUACUGGGAUAACUCCACAAAGUCCAUAUUCCCUAAAAUACCACUGAUACCAUUAAAGUCACUAACAGAAACUGAACUGAGAAUAAAGGAAAUCAUGGAGAAACUAGACCAGCAGAUCCCACCCAGACCUUUCGAUCAUGUGAACACCACCAGCAGUGCCACACACAGCACAGCCACCAUCCUCAACCCUCGAGACACAUACUGCAGGGGGGACCAGCUGGACAUCCUGCUGGAGAUGAGGGACCACUUGGGACACAGGAAGCAAUAUGGCGGGGACUUCCUGAGGGCCAGGAUGUCCUCCCCAACUCUGAUGGCAGGUGCUUCGGGAAAGGUGACUGAUUUCAACAAUGGCACCUACCUGAUCAGCUUCACUCUCUUCUGGGAGGGCCAGGUCUCUCUGUCUCUGCUGCUCAUCCACCCCAGUGAAGGGGUGUCGGCUCUCUGGAGGGCAAGGAACCAAGGCUAUGACAGGGUAAUCUUCAUUGGCCAGUUUGUCAAUGGCACCUCCCAGGUCCACUCUGAAUGUGGCCUGAUCCUAAAGACAAGUGCCGAAUUGUGCCAGUACAUGGACAACAGAGACCAAGAAGCCUUCUACUGCAUGAGGCCUCAACACAUACCCUGUGCUGCACUCACCCACAUGUAUUCUAAGAACAAGCAAGUUUCUUAUCUUAGCAAACAAGAAAAGAGCCUCUUUGAAAGGUCAAAUGUGGGUGUAGAGAUUAUGGAAAAAUUCAAUACAAUUAGUGUCUCCAAAUGCAACAAAGAAACAGUUGCAAUGAAAGAGAAAUGCAAGCUUGGAAUGACAGCCACAAUCCCCAGUGGGUAUGUCUGGAGAAACACAUGGAAUCCUGUCUCCUGUAGUUUGGCUACAGUCGAAAUGAAGAAAUGCCUGAGAGGAAAAUUCAUAUAUCUAAUGGGAGAUUCAACGAUCCGCCAGUGGAUGGAAUACUUCAAAGCCAGUAUCAACACGCUGAAGUCAGUGGAUCUGCAUGAAUCUGGAAAAUUGCAACACCAACUUGCUGUGGAUUUGGAUAGGAAUAUCAACAUUCGGUGGCAAAAACAUUGUUAUCCCUUGAUAGCAUCAAUGACCUAUUCAGUCAAAGAGAUUGAGUACCUCACCCGGGCCAUUGACAGAACUGGAGGAGAAAAAAAUACUAUUGUUGUUAUUUCUCUGGGCCAGCAUUUCAGACCCUUUCCCAUUGACGUUUUUAUCCGAAGGGCCCUCAAUGUCCACAAAGCCAUUCAGCGUCUCCUUCUGAGAAGCCCAGACACUAUGGUUAUCAUCAAAACAGAAAACAUCAGGGAGAUGUACAAUGAUGCAGAAAGAUUUAGUGACUUUCAUGGUUACAUUCAAUAUCUCAUCAUAAAGGACAUUUUCCAGGAUCUCAGUGUGAGUAUCGUUGAUGCCUGGGACAUAACAAUUGCAUAUGGCACAAAUAAUGUACACCCACCUCAACAUGUAGUCAGAAAUCAGAUUAAUAUAUUGUUAAACUAUAUUUGUUAAAUAACACAAAAGUCUGAAAUUCAUUCACUUAAGUUAAAAAAAAAAAAAACAUUAACUGUCUACUAGCAGGCCAGAUGCUGUGCCUGGCUCUGAAUUCCCAAGUAGCACGAGCAGAGAAUCUACGCUGUGGCUGAUCCCUAAGCCAGCCAUUCAGCUAAAUGAGGUAUUUCUAAUCUCAGCUUCCACUGAAAAGUAAAACUAAAAACACUCAUGAAAACAGCCUACGCUUCUUGAUCAUGCCACUCUUCUCCAGUGGGAAGUCCAGACACCUAUGGGUAAAAGUUCUCUCUGAUGUAUAAAAAUUCAGAGUGAUAAAGUAAUUUUAAAAUAAAUAUUUGGAGAAAGCA